GACAUGGUGAAUAUUGUUGUCUUACUUCAAAAAUGUGGGUUUUGUGUUUCAUCUCGAUUGUAGUCGCCAGCCGAUACGUUUUAGUUGUUUCAGGCGACUAUAUUUGCAUCUGUAGCAAUGGACAAAGAAAUGACAUUUGUGAUUCGAUGUCAGCAAACACAACUAUAGUUGGUCAUCUAGAGAACAAUAGCUGCGCUAUUCAGGCAAACUACGUUUUGGACAAAAGAACCAAAGCUUGGUAUGGCAUCAUAUUCCACGAUCAAGUACGUUUUGUGCGUAAAGGCUCCUUCACAGAAUUGCGACGUUGUAUUGGGAAUCAGUUAGGACAGAGUGGUACACCACCAAGAAUGACCGAUGCGGCUACCGCAUCUGCACCAACAAUGUCUACAACUGUAACUACGGUUUCCACAUCUCCACCAACAAUGUCUACAACUGAAACUGCGGUUACCACAUCUGCACCAACAAUGUCUACAACUGUAACUACGGUUACCACAUCUGCACCAACAAUGUCUACAACUGCAACUGCGGUAACAAAAUCUGCAUCAACAAUGUCUACAACUGCAACUGCGGUAACCAAAUCUGCAUCAACAAUGUCUACAACAGCAGCGUCCACUCAUAGAGUUAACUACGGCUGCGCAUCCGCUGUAUUCUCGCAUGCUGCUUCGCACCAUGGAAAAUUGUUCAACAUUCGUCAGACAUGCUACGAGCUUGUAAUGGUUAAUAAGUCUUGGUCCAGCGCUGAAAGUGACUGCAAAAGUCGUGGCGGACAUUUAGUCCACAUUGCAAACGACGAACAACAGAAUACAAUCUACCAGGUCGUCAGACAGUAUCAUGAUGACAAUGUUUGGAUUGGGCUUAACGACAAGAUUAGAGAGGAACACUUUGUUUGGUCUUCAGGAGAUCCUGUAAACUAUACGCACUGGUACCCUGGUCGGAAGGCGUCAACACUUCAAAGCGAUGAAGAUUGUGUUGCCAUUUGGAUAGCCCAUGGUGGACAAUGGGAGGAUGUGCUUUGUAGUGGUCUCCACGCCAUAAACCUCGGAUACGUUUGUGAAUUCGAUUCGGUUGUUGGCGCAGCAGCACCUAUAAAUCCAGAUGCUUUGAUAAACACGGAUGGUAACACGCAGUCAUGUCCUCACAUAACAACUGCAAUUGUUGCACAAUUUGGUAAAAGUUGUUACGCUUUGUACCACAACCUCGAGGCUUGGAGUAAAGCUGAGCAGACCUGUAAACUGAAAGGAGGUCAUCUUGUGCACAUCAACGACGACCCAGAGCAGCAGUUCAUAGAGGGUUUCAUGAGGAGACACAAUCAAAUGACACCAGCAUGGAUUGGACUCAGUGACACAUCUGUUGAGGGACGAUUUGUGUGGACGGACGGUAUGUCGGCCUCCUACACGAACUGGUUGCCAGGACACGUGACACACGGAAGUACCGAGGACUGUGUGGCGCUGUUGCCUAAUAUCAAUGGAACCUGGGAUGAUUUCAGAUGUGAACUUAGUAGUUUGUUUAGCACACUUGGCGAUCACCACCAUCCCUUGUGCGAAUAUGCACAUACCAUUGCGUCGGUGCUGGUUGGCUGAGCGAGGACUAUCGAGAUAUACAAUUUCAUAAUUUCUAGUGCUUGAACAUAAACACUUUAACACGAAAAUAACUGCAAUAAAUGUAAAACAUG